AUGUCAAAUUCAGCAAAUCAGUCAGGCGACGAAGGUGAACUUGAUCUCAAAGAGCAAGAUCGCUACUUGCCAAUUGCAAAUGUCGCGCGCAUUAUGAAGAAAUCUCUACCUGAGAACGCCAAAAUAGCAAAGGAAGCCAAAGAAUGCGUUCAAGAAUGCGUUUCCGAGUUUAUCUCCUUUAUCACUAGCGAAUAUCCUUUUGAUCUUAUCGAUCGUUGCUUACAAGAAAAGAGAAAAACUAUCAAUGGUGAAGAUAUCCUUUGGGCUAUGCAAUCGUUAGGAUUCGAAAACUAUGCUGAGACACUCAAGAUCUAUCUUCAGAAAUAUCGAGAGACUACCAAGCUGGAGCGAGCGUCCUCUUCUGGAAAAGAAAAAGAUGAAGAACAAGGCACGCAAUCGGAUCAACAACAACAAUUGUUUAUGCAGCAACAAACACAACAACCCCAGGGCACUCAACAACAAUCGGCACCUCAGCCUGCAACAAGCAUGGCUGGAUCAUAUUAUAAUGUUGCACAACAAUAUCUCGAUCAAAGCAAAAACUGA